AUGAGCCCCAAUCAACGACCGCAGCUCGUUCUGCAGCCAUCAGUGAGCACGACGAGGGUGGUGACGACGACGACAACCACUACAACCUACGCACCCAUAACCUUACCUCCGCUUCCACCGCCAUCAUCGCCCAAAGAUCCCAAGAAUUACCCCCUUCUUCAUACUACGUUACCACGGUCACUUCGUCGAUUUCCGUUGGUGUUUCCAGGUGGCGCCCAUGCCACAUUUCGUGACGCUGCAGAGGGAGACGAAGAGAUGCAGGAAGAAGAGGAAAUGGUUGGUGGUAGUGGCUGGCGGAUGCUCCGGCACGAUGAAGAUCAGGAGAAUGUUAAAACCGUAAACCUUACAGAAGCAGUUGAACGGUACGGGAAGAAACGUUCACAUGGCAGUGAUAAUAUGAUGGAAGGAGUCGAAACCACUUCCGAAUUCGAAAUAGGCAACCCCGCUCCUCCUCGAAAGAAAGCAAGAGCUUCGGGCUUGCCGCCUAUAUCCACAGUAAAUGCUGCUGCGCCCCCAUCACCUUUGCCCUCGCCCCAUGGGUCCCCUACUCCCGAAAGCAUUUGGCCGUCAGCUCCCCCUAGUGGGGCAUCCUCACCUCUCCCCCAGGCUCCCCUACAACCCGACUUGUCCCUUACUACUCUGCUUACAUUACCCUCCCUACUUGCGCAUUUCACGAACUUACCCCCUGCCCUCCAAUCACAUCUGCUGCUUACUCUGCUCCGCCAUUCACCACUCCCUGUCCUGCGAACGCUACAUUCAGUGUUAACACCAACUCUCGCGCGCGAUUUCCUUACCCUCCUCCCACCUGAGCUUGUCUCUCAAAUCCUCAGCCAUCUCCCUUUCUCCACACUGGCCCGUGCAUCCCGUGUCUCCAAGGCUUGGAGGGCUAUAAUUGAUUCUGAUCCUGUGUUGUGGCGGGAUCUUCUCCACAGUACGAAGACCUGGUUUGGCCGAGAUUCAGAGCAAGCAUUUGCGAAUGCCGUGUUAGCGCGACGCGCGCGCGAACAUCCUUCGCCAACACUUCACGAUCCGCUUCCGCUUCCCCAUCCUUACAAAAUACUUUUCAAAUCGCGUCACCUCACACGAACCCAUUGGAUAAACAAUAGGGAACCAAAGCAUCUGUCUUUCCCCGCCCACGGCUCAUCCGUUGUUACAUGCCUACUUUUUUCGCACGGCCGAAUCAUCUCCGCCUCCGAUGAUCAUUCCAUCCAUGUCUACUCCCCAGUUACUGGCGAACUUCUGCGCUCUUUAAAGGGUCACCAAGGGGGCGUAUGGGCUCUAGCAGCUAAUAAAGACAUCCUCGUCAGUGGUUCCACUGAUCGAACCGUUCGGAUAUGGGACCUCUCUACUGGUCGAUGUUCUCAUGUUUUCAGUGGUCAUACCAGUACAGUGCGCUGCUUAGCGAUUGUCAAGCCUGAGAUUAUAGACGUAGAGCUGGAGGGUCGAAUAAUGGCCCGGCAGAAGUGGCCGAAGAGGCCGUUAAUAGUCACUGGAAGUCGAGACCAUUCACUCCGAGUGUGGACGCUUCCUCGACCAGACGAACCGGAAUACCAAGGCUUCGGCGUCGAAGAUACCGACGCUGACCCUGGCGAGGAUGCGGACGAGAACCCUUACCAUAGGUUACACCUCGAAGGACACACGCUUGCCGUUAGAGCCCUCGCUGCCCGGGGGCGCACAUUGGUCUCCGGUAGCUACGACUGCACCGUACGCAUUUGGGAUAUUAUCACUGGGGCUUGCAAGUGGGUGCUAGAGGGGCACACACAAAAAGUAUACAGCGUGGUACUGGAUCCCAGCCGUAAUCAGGCUUGUUCAGGAUCCAUGGACGGCACCGUACGCAUCUGGAACUUAGACAACGGAAAUUGCCAACACACCCUGAUCGGGCACACGUCACUUGUCGGCCUUCUAGGUCUCUCUCCUUCCUACCUCGUCUCCGCCGCCGCCGAUUCGACACUACGUAUAUGGGAUCCAGAUUCCGGCGAACUGCGGCACACGUUAGCUGCUCAUACCGGUGCCAUUACUUGCUUCCAACACGAUGAAUUCAAAGUUUUAAGCGGGUCGGAUGGUACAUUGAAAAUGUGGGACAUUCGCGAUGGCACAGUAGUUCGUGACCUCCUUACAGGGAUAACCGGAGUUUGGCAGGUUGUCUUCGAGGGUCGGUGGUGCGUCGCAGCAAGUAAUCGCAGCGACUCUACUGUUUUGGAUGUGUGGGACUUCGGAGAUGACGAAGACAAGGACUGGAUUGGGGAGCCCCCUGGUGGUAUCUAUGACGAAGACUGGCUUAGUGAGGACGAGGACGAUGAACUCGGCCCGCACUUCGUGAAAGAGUUUCUGGACGAUCCGGAGGUAACCGACACCGAAGCCAUGGACCAAGACAUGAUUGCAUCGGAACUGGAUAGUUCGAACGUUGACCCACAGUCUGCGCGCAAUCAAGAACGAAACACCCCCGAACGUUCGGACAUGGAUGAGGAUGUCCCAAUUGUGCCUUCCAGUGCUGCUGUAGGCAUCCCAAGUUGGGCUGCAAAUUCUCAAACCACUCCCCAUCGGCUUGGCCAAAGCAGUCAUUCAACAGCAGGCGGUCCUAACCCGCUCCGUCCAUUCCGAAGGCUUGGCGGACCCAACGACACACAAGGACCGUCAGAGCUUCCUGAUAACAGCGAAACCCCAACUCGGCCCCGAGUACGGACUUACGGUGUUCGUCGGCGUUGA